AAUGAUGUCACAAUAUUUUGUGGCUUGUAACAAAAUGAAAGCCAAUAAGGAGAGGGAGAUUGAGCACUGUCCAAUCAGUGAAGAGAAAAGCUCUACGAGCUUCGUGCAGGGAUCCAGUGGAGAGAGAGAGUGCCAGAAAUCUGCCAAGUCCUCGUGCCAAAAACUUUUCACCCACAGACGAAUGCGUCCAAGCCAUCUUAAGUUAAGAAUUGAAUCUCGAGGAGUAAUACAUCACAAAGUAGAUAUUACUAGGAAUCCCCGUUACUCAUAGAGGUAGAGUUUUCCAUAGUGCAAUUCCAGGGAAGUCAGUGGAAAUUGUCUGUGGAAUAAACCCACUGGAAAGGUUCGGGUGGUGAGGAUGGACCGAGCCCCAAGCUCCAGCCCAAGUGGCACUAGUCAAACAUCACAACCUACCCAACAUGAACCCAUCAGCUUCGGUAUUGACCAGAUUCUCAGCGGCACCGAUCAAGAGUCACAGCAGAACUCGACCAGGAAUAGUUCCGAGAGUAGCAGCAGCGCGAGCGGAGGCAGUUACCAUCUCGGCAGCCCAACGGGAGCGAGCGCAACGCCGUACACGACACUAACCGGCACAUUUCAUGGUAUCGCGGCACCAUAUGAGGAAUCCAGUCCAUACGGAGUGAACUUGACCCUUGCACCCGGAGGAGUGAUUAGGGUCCCGGCUCACAGGCCCCUGACCGCGGCCGUGCCUCCACCCAUGGCCAGCGCGGUACCCGGACUUGGGAGCCUCAGUUUUCCCUGGAUGGAGAGCAGUCAACGCUUCGCAAAAGACAGGUUUGCAGCAGCUCUAACGCCCUUUACUGUGGCUCGGCGUAUUGGUCACCCGUACCAGAACCGCACACCACCUAAAAGAAAGAAGCCCCGCACAUCUUUCUCCCGAGUGCAGAUCUGUGAGCUGGAGAAGCGCUUCCACAGACAAAAAUACCUGGCCAGCGCUGAACGAGCAGCCUUGGCCAAAACUCUGAAGAUGACAGACGCCCAGGUCAAAACCUGGUUUCAAAACCGCAGGACCAAGUGGAGACGGCAGACGGCGGAGGAGAGGGAGGCAGAGCGUCAGCAGGCCAACCGGCUGAUGAUUCAACUCCAGCACGAUGCCUUCCAGAAGUCUUUGACUGAUUCAGUUCCAUCAGACCCGCUCUGCAUCCACAACUCAUCACUGUUCGCCCUGCAGAACCUACAGCCUUGGGCGAGCGAGGAGAGUGGCAAGCUUGGAGGAGUGACCGCGCUUGUAUGAGUACCAGAACUCAAGAAGGAAAUGACAUUCUCAUUCUUUUUUGAUGGACUAGGAUGUUGGUUGACCUUAUCUCCGUCCCGAAAGACUAUUUCAUUCGACAAAAAAGUGAGGAACUAAUUAUGGCCAUCCAACAGCGAGCAAACCCAUAUAAAUAAAAAGGUUCUGCGUCGAACGAGCCUCAGCCUCUGAAUAAAUGAUGGCCAUUUUCGAUGGUGUGUCUGUGCGUACAGAGACUUUUAUCCCCAUUAGGGUCAGUUUCAUUGACAAAGUGACCUGUAGAAAGGAACAGGCCAUCUCAGCUGACCCUUUUACAGAUCCACUGAUCUUCUCCUCCAUCCUUUCAUCCCCCCUCCACCACUCAGAACUGUAGAAUACAGAAUUAAUGCAGAAGAGGGAAGUAAUGAUGAUUUAAUUAUUUAUAAUGUGAGUUGCACGACCUAAAAUGCCCCCAAUCUGGCCAUUUGUGGAAAUAAAAGGACACAAACACGCACAAAUAGACACUCUUCAAUCAUCUACUUUUUUUUUUUUUUUUUAAAGCUGGGUAGUAUAUAAAUAUUCAUCUUUUUAAGGGUCAAAAGGAACCAGCUACUUUUUAUUUUUUUUUAUGAAACCACAUCCCAACCGUAUGAGGAAUCGCAUGAAACGUCCAGAAGAGAGGCAUAUGACGUCAUACGGGGCUGUUGCAAUAUACUUUAUCGGUUAGAUUUAUUCAGCAGUAACUGCAGCUCAGAAACUCCUCAGAAACAUGCUUCGAUGGCUGAAUGUUGUGUGUCAGAGAGAAAGAACAAUUCAGAUGAAACAAGGGUUUGUUAAAUGCCCCUGUGAUGUAGGUGUGCUGUUGCAUUCCAAACUCUUUAUUAUACUUUGUAUUUGAUAAAUAUGUAAAUAGCAAACAAAAAGUAAUAAACAUUCUGUUUUGGCAUUAACACAAAA